AUGACGGAGUUCUGGUUGAUCUCGGCUCCUGGAGAGAAAACCUGCCAGCAGACGUGGGACAAGCUGAUGAUGGCCACCACCCGCACCAACAACCUUUCCACUAACAACAAGUUCAACAUCCCUGACCUCAAGGUCGGGACAUUAGAUGUUUUAGUGGGUCUGUCUGACGAGCUGGCCAAGCUGGACUCUUUUGUGGAGAGUGUGGUGAAGAAGGUGGCGCAGUACAUGGCCGACGUUCUGGAGGACAGUCGGGAUAAAGUUCAGGAGAACCUGCUGGCUAACGGAGUGGAUCUGAUCACAUACAUCACAAGGUUCCAAUGGGACAUGGCCAAGUACCCAAUCAAGCAGUCUCUGAAGAACAUAUCUGAAAUCAUAUCUAAGCAAGUAACGCAGAUUGAUAAUGACUUGAAGGCCAGAGCGUCGGCGUACAACAACCUGAAGGGCAACCUGCAGAACUUGGAGAGGAAGAACGCAGGGAGCCUGCUGACCCGCAGCCUCGCAGACAUUGUGAAGAAAGAAGACUUUGUGCUGGACUCUGAGUACCUCGUUACUCUGCUGGUAGUUGUACCAAAGACAAGUUAUGCAGACUGGCAGAAGACGUACGAGACUCUUGCGGAGAUGGUGGUGCCACGAUCCACAAAUCUGCUGUUUGAGGACCAGGACAGUGGGCUGUUCAGCGUAACUCUGUUCCGGAAGGCCGUUGACGACUUCAGACACAAAGCCAGAGAGAACAAGUUUGUUGUCCGAGACUUCCAGUAUAAUGAGGAGGAGAUGAAGGCUGACAAAGAGGAGAUGACGAGGCUCUCCACUGAUAAGAAGAAGCAGUUUGGUCCUCUAGUGCGAUGGCUAAAAGUCAACUUCAGUGAGGCCUUCAUUGCUUGGAUCCACAUUAAGGCUCUGAGGGUGUUUGUGGAGUCUGUAUUAAGGUAUGGAUUACCUGUUAACUUCCAAGCGAUGCUGCUGCAACCCAACAAGAAGAACAUGAAGAAGCUAAGGGAAGUGCUGUAUGACCUGUAUAAGCAUCUGGACAGCAGCGCCGCUGCCAUCAUCGACCAAUCUGCCAUGGACAUUCCUGGUCUGAACCUGAGCCAGCAGGAGUAUUACCCCUAUGUUUACUACAAAAUCGACUGCAACCUGCUGGACUUCAAAUAGUGCAGUACUGCUGGACCAUCUGAUCCAUUUCCUUUUGUUUUUGUCUUUGUGAAAAAGUUUGAGUAGAGAUUUCGUUGAAUUGUAUAUUUAAACUCCCUACAAUUCUUUGUCUCUCUCUCUCGCUCUCGCUCUCUCGCUCUCUCUCUCUCUCUCUCGCAUGCUCAUCCCUUUGUUGCUGAGUCAGCGGGGUCCAUCCUGCCGUCCCUACCAUGUUUACAGGGUUUUUGUUUGUUUGUUUUUUUAAAACGAUCAGUGUAUUUAUGUGUGUGCAAGUGAAUGGAUUGGGUAUAUUUAAGUUGCAGUUCCUGCAUUUUAAGUCAUUCCACUGUUGCUUUGUGCAUUGUGGUAGUUACAUCUGCUGGUGAUAUUAAUAAUAACAGUAAUAAUAAUAACGAUAGUUAUUUUGUUGUGUGAGGACGCUGGUGUCUUUACCCUUUACUCUGUGUUGACAGUGGUCCACAUCAAGGAACGAAUGGUAUUUACAAAAAAAAGAACCAAAAAACGUGUUAUGUACAUUUGGUGUUAAAAGAAAUAUAUAUAUAUAAAUAUAUAAAUGUGGAAAAUAUUGUCUGUCGAAUCAGAAUAUAUGACAAAAUGGUAA